AUGUUUCGUCACAAGAAGAGAUCGACCAACGGAGACGACAAAUCUAGGCCCUCCAGGGCAGGCACGAGCGGGGACGUUGACAGCCGCACCGGCGUGCUGCCAGACGGCUCCUGCUUGGCCGGCGCAAAGGCGGCCGCCUUUGCCGGCGCGACAGUGGACUGCCACUGGGAGGCCUCACCGCCUCGUUUCGACGGCACGCUGGAGGCGUUUGCUGCGGCGCACGCCACCGAGGCCGCCCUCGUCGCGCAGCUGCGCAACAUCGUCAAGAAGUGCUCCUGCGGCAAGGUCUGCGGCUUCUCGCUGACAGAGUGCAACGCGUGCGGGAAGCCGCUGCCGGCGGAGACGUCGCACUCGCCAAACGUGUUUAGCGGCUUCAUCUACGGCAUCGCCUCGGCGCCCUUCCCGCUGCACAUCUCAAUACGCCGGCAGAGCGCGCAGCUGCUCGUGUUCGACGACCUGCUCGCUCUGACGCCGUGCCACCUCAACGCGGUGCCCACCUCGGCGUACAUCCCCGAUUGGCGGUUCCUGCUCCGGCGGCCGCGGGAGGGGCUGCUGCUGGUGCGCACGCUCGAGGAGGCCGCCUGGGCCUGCGCCUGCGAAGAGUUCCUCGCCUCUCCGUCCUUUCGGCACAAGUUUUUGCGCGGGGCGGCGCGCACCGAGUGGACGAGCGCGCACAGCGAGGCGCUGCGGCCUCACAUGGUGGUGGGCGCGAACUUCCCGCCGUCGCAGUUCCAGCUGCACCUGCAGUGCUUCCUCAUGCCUUGGCUCCCCUUCCAGUACCGCAUGUACCUCGACGGGCAGCACAUGACCAAGGGACGCUUCUUCCCGCUCAGCUACAUCAAGGCGCGCCGCCGCCGCCUCCCCGCCUCCACGCCGCGCGCCCCGCCCGCCCUCGUCCGGUCCGGAGGCCUCGCGAAGCACGAGCGAACCCCCUCCAACUUUUUAACAUAUGCCCAAACGCUAUCGCGGCAUAAAAAAAGUAGGAACUAG